AUGGUCAUGGAGCACUUCAAGGAUGUCCAUGUAUGCGGAGAAUCUCUCCCCGAGGACGAUUCUCAUGGCGCGACCGGGGUGAACUGCAAAGAUGAUGGCGUCAAGUCACUUCAUCUUGCUCAGCAGACCCCCACGGUCGCCAAGUCCGAAAAGAGACGCUUGCAGAAUCGCAAGGCACAGAAGAUAUACAGAUUGAAGCAGAAACAGCGGGUGCAAGAAUUGGAGUCGCUAGUUGGAUCGCAGACGACGACUCGCCAAGACUCAGAUGUCAAUUAUUACACUCCUUCUUUGGACGGCAACGACGAAGCUUUGGCUACUUUAUGCACUGCAGAAGCCGUAUCAAAUGUGGUGCCACCUGGAUUGGUACAGAACCAAGGCGCUGAUGUGGACGGCUUCAGCCAAAGCAUCGUCAAUUGCUACCACAGCGGUCAGCGGUUUGUACAUGACGCCCAACCAUGCGCGCAGCCAGAAGGGCAGUCCAUAUUGUCACAUCCACCCGACACAUCAGAGCCUACAUUUAGUCGCAAUUUUUCUCCGGUGGCUGCGCAUCUGUUUGACGAUGCCGGCGGGGGGUUGCCUGCCCAAUCGUUCCGACAGACUCUGGCUCUGAGCCAAGACCUUGUCCACGACAUCCGUGAGAAAGGUGCUGCAUUAAGCGAUGUGCUCGCACUUGGGCUUUAG